AUGGCUGGCACACCAGGCCCAAUUAGACGAGCAUGGUAUCAGUGGAAGAUGCAGCGCUUUCCAUGGCGCAAGAAGUGGCUUGUGGGCUUCGAUCUCCAGGGCAACACUUUUUGGGAAUUCAAGGAAGCAUUGCACGCCCUGCGCAACAGGAGGAUAGCAAAAUAUAGCCGGAGCACCCACCUGGGUGACGUGCAAAUAUCGCCGUCAUGGAUGCAGUGGCUUCGGCACACGCGCUUCGAACCGCCCACUGUCGACGAACAACACCAAGACCUGAUACGUCAGGCGCGUAUAAAGCAACUGGCAGCUCAGGCAGACGCGAGAUGGGCAGAGAAGCCGUCAGCACUCGAUGCGCCGGAUAAACAACAGCCCAUGCAGAUGUUGCAGUCAAAAGACCCUGACAGCGGCGUCACGCAGAUGAAUGUGGAUCAAGAGAUACGGGACAGGGCAGCACAGCAAAAACAGCCUGAGCAAGUAGCACGCGACCCGCCGACACCAGUAGCAGCACCAGCAGUCGAAGACGAUGCGCAGGAUGCCACGCCACGGAAGCGAAUGCGCAAGGAGCCAAAGGACUCGCCAUGGAAGCAAGCCGCCCAGAGUCAGGAGUGGCAACCACAGGGUUGGAGUCCAGCGCCCGCCAAACGACGAUCAUGA